AUGUGGAGUCGCGGUUUGGUUAGACUGCGAGGAAACUGGAAAACCUCAAACUCCCGAUUUUCGAUCAGUUCGCAGAAAGAGUCGACUGGAAUCGAUGGUAAUUGAAAAAGAAAACUUGAAAAUGGCACAGGUUUUCUACAGAUUUUCUUCAAUCAAUAUCAUCCGCCCCAGCACCAACCGCACCCAAAAACAGGAAAGUUCUGGAAACAGCGUCGGAAUUCUGCACGGUAACUACAUAAAUGAAACUAUUCCUCAAUUCCGUUUCAGUGGCUCAAAAAGCAACCGAUAAAUUCGAUCGAGCACUUCGUAUUAGCCGCACGAACGGCGAUUGCAGUAAGAGCGAAUGAGCAGGAGAAAGCCUUUUCAAAAGUUGACGAGUAAGCCGAACGGGGCAUUUCUCAUUUCCAACUUGAUUUGCUUCAGCGUGGCUAAGAAGAUUCUUCCCGAGCUGUACGACAAGAUUGGAGCUCAAGAGAUUGUCGAAACACUGAGAUUCCUGUUGCAACUGAAUCCGAAUAGCCGAAUUUGCAAGGACAUUCAGAAGCUGUUCAUUGAAAAAAGUGAGUCUCUUCUUUUUUUCUAUCGAUUUCCCAGUUCGAUCUUCUAGACAUCAGUGCUUCCGAUCUCAGUUCUGUUCCGUUCGACACCCUUGUCAUGAUCAUACGAUACGCCGAUUCCUCUUUCGAUCAGCAAGUGCUCAACAGAAUUGUCGAAUCUCUCUCCUCCAGAAUCGAACAGUAAUCUCGCUCACUAAUGCAGCUCCAAUGCAUUUAUAUUUCAGAGAGCUCGCCGAGCCGGCGACACUUUUGGCUCUUCUGGCCGGGAAUGGAUACGACAACGCCAAGUGGUUCCGUAAUGAACACUUCCUCGCGAAGGCGGAGAAACUCGUGGCGGUGAUGGGAAUCGCCGAACAGUGUGUUCUUCUGAAGCAUAUGGCAGUGCUGAAACAACGAAAUCGCCAACUGCUCGGCGCGCUCAUCAACUCGAUUUCCAGCUCCAGUCAGUGUUUGACAGUUUCUCAAAUUGUCAGUAUCACCAGUUCGUGCUCUGCGCUGACUUACUAUCUUCCGAAAAUCGCCAAUAAGAUUUCGGACGAUCUGGCGAAAAAUUCGAAUGUUUUGGACAAAUGGAAUGACGUAAUGAGCAUCGCCGAUUCGUUUAUCCGAAUGCGAAUGGGCGACGAGAAGUCGUGGGAUGUCCUGAUUGGAUGGGCGAUUGAGAACGAAAAACAGGUGAACGCGGUUCAAUUGAGCAGAUUCGUAUCUGGAUUGGCGAGAAUCGGAAAUCCUUCCGGAAAACCACUGGCCAAAGCGCUCAAACCUCGGCUGGUGCGGGAAAGAACGAGCACUCCAGCGGCUUGGCUCAAUAUUGUCUAUUCAUUGGCUUACUUCCAAGAACUCGACGAGGUGCAUGCCGACUCAGUACUCAAUAAAAGCUUCGUGAAACAAAUAAUGGACUCCUCCUUGUAUGAAAUGUGAAAAGCCCACUCAACUCACUUUUCUUAUUACAGGGAAGUGCACGACCGACUGCGAAAAGCGCUGACACUUCUGAUGAUCAGCGCGUCUGCGAAGAUUGAUAUGCAAGGAAGAUAUAAGGGACCGACAGUUAACAAGAAGACUUUCGCAGAGUUUGGAAUCAAUUUCGACGUCAAAACGAUCCAGAAUGCACGACAACUGAAGUACUCGAGCAACUAUCAAGAAGUGGACGGAGUGUUCCUGAAGUCUCUGUUCAAACUGGCUCCACAGGACACUCACUGUCGGAUGCCCGGAAUCGAAGAGUGCGGAUCUUUCGUCGAUGCGUACGUGAUGCCCGAUGUGGUCAGUUGCAUUCUGAACAGAUCUCUGAACAGAUGGAGAGUUUUUGCAGAGCACGGGUCUUCUUGUGAGCACGAAUCAGUGGGGAUCGUCCUUACCGAGACCAGUAUUCUUCUAUGGAUGGAUUCAGACGAAACAGGUGACCGAUUCAUGUGUUCUGGACUGAAAUUGAAUGAAAUUAAGCUUCAGAACAUGACAUCAGACGGAGAGAGUCAAAUAUUAGGACAAGAUCAGCUGAGUCUCCGAUUGAUGCGAGCGACCGGCUACUAUCCCAUUAUCGUUUUCAAAUCAGAGUUCGAUUAUUGUUCGACAGAUAUCGACAAAGUGAACAUGUUACGGGAGAAGAUACACAAAAACAAAUAGAAUAGAAUACGUCUAGAAAGACAUAAUAGUUGUUAAAUAUUAUAUUGUUUAUAAAGAUUAUCCUAUUUUUCCUGCCGUUCUGACUCCUACCGUUCACUUUGGUUCAAAUACUUUUUUUCUUUACUAUUUUUAAGUCCAAAUAAAAAUCUUGGCAUCAGAUGGACGUCAUCCAACUGAAAACCAUCGAAGAGGAGAGCGAAUUUCGUGCCACAGUCGUCGCCGAUGACAUUUGGGAAUUGAUGUUGACAAAGGGAAGACCAAUUUCAGUUUAUGUAGUGUUCCGAGUGAGUUUGAGAUCAUGAGAACAAAGAAAAAACAACGUGUACAGUCGGGAUUCACUCUCCCUAAUCCUUUCAAACUGUUCUAUUUGGCGCAAAACGAGGUUAUAAGCCGAUUGAACGCUAAUUACGCUCUUGAAAAAGCACAAGAUAUGUGGUGAGUUUUUAAUAGGUUAUCUAAUGAAAAAUUACGGUAUUUGCUUAAGGGUGGAGGGAUCAGACGAUGCACCGAUGAAACAUCGCCAAAAACGCAGCGUCAUCCGCCUUCAAUUCUUUUUACAUCGCGACAGAGUGACUGGAGCUUUCGUACCAGCAUACUCGUACAUUUGCAUCCAUCAAAUUAUUAACCGACUGAUUCUUUUACUUUUCAGAUGGACCGACAUCGAAAGUAUUUAUGAGUGGAACGAGGGAAGCGAUCCGGCAAAUGUUCGUGUCCUGAACAACCCAAAUAGAGGAAGAAACAAUUCCAAUGGGCUUCACAUUUUGUUCCCAUUCCAAUUAGUAAAUAGAUUUGACAAAUACAUCACAAGGAUUUAAUAUCUUUUAGAGGAUCGCGCACAUUUUAUCGGAGAAAGCCUUCGAGAGUUUUGCUACAAGAGCCUGCAUCGUGAAGGUGACAUUGCAAUGUGUCUGCUGCUGUGAAACUUACAAUAACGUGGCUUCGUGGAACCAAUUCGACUGCCUCCACGUCACAUGCACGGUGUGCUACAACAAAUUGAGUUCACCCAAAAGAUGCCCCUUCGAUAAUUACGAGAGUUAGAUUGUCUCUUUCUAAUCCACUUUUACACUUACGUUAUUCCAGUCAAUAGAAUAUGUCGGCUGAAAAUUCGCCAGGGACCGUGUCCGAUCGAUUUGUGCCCAAAGGUCGACAAGGACAAGACGCAAGCAGUCGUCGUCGAGCCGUGCAACUGCUUCAUUUAUUGCGACAAGCUGCUCAGUGCUGUGAAGACCCACGAGCAGAAUAGAGAGUUGUACCGAUUGGUAGAUGAGGUCAACCUCUGCCCGUAUGAUGUCUGCCAGACAAAGAUUAAAACGUUCAAAACGGUUUUCUUGCCACGCGGAUUGUAA